AUGCCAACCACCAGGAGAUCAACAGGCGGAGGCCGCGCCAGGCCUGGCCCGGCGCGGGGCCAAUCGACCAUCAGCUUCUCCAACAGAGUAUCGAAGCCCGUACCCAAGGACACCAAGAAAGCGGUGGCUCUUUCCGCGGCCAUUGACCGAUCGGACGUCGCCAAGCCAAGCAACAAGGAGCACAAGGAUGUCGUCGACGAGAUCCAGAUCGAAGACCCCGCGCACCCUGAGGUCGAGGAGGCGGAGCAGGUGAAGGAAGAAGCCCCCGAAAAGUCAGAGGCCGAAGUGAGGGCCGAGAAAAUCAGCGACGCCCAGAUCAACAAGUACUGGAAGUCGAUCGAGGCUCAGCGCAUUGCGCCUAGGGUGCACCAGGGUGAUGUGAGUUUGGCUGAGAGAGUUUUGCGAUACUUUGAUGUCAGCUCUCAGUAUGGUCCCUGCAUCGGUCUCCAGCGCAUGAAGCGGUGGCAGCGCGCCGAGAGACUCGGUCUCAACCCGCCAAUCGAGGUCCUCGCGGUACUUCUAAAGGAAGAAAAGAAGGGCCACGCCUCGGAGCGGGCGCACCUCGACGAGCUCAUGAACUCGACAGCGGUCGGGGCCUCAUGA